AUGGCCCCUCAUCAGCUCGAUUCGUCGAUCCAUCCAGCUCUUGCGACUCGCAACGCGUACUCCUACAGUCUAUUUGGCAACGUGUCGGAUACAGACGCCGAUCGCGCCGAAGCAUGGAUGGAUGCGCUAGCAGCCGGCGGGUACAUCACAGCAGUCAUGUCCUUACUAUUUGCGAUUCUAUCCGUCACGUUCUUCAUGGCGCUUCGAUACUUGCUCAAGGACGGCUUGGGUCUCCGGGUCAACAAGUGGAUGCUGGCGGCGGUGACCCUGAUGUAUGGAUGCGCGGCCGUGGGUUAUGCCUUUCAGCUCAUCACCUUCGGCCAAUCGGUCAAAGUGGUGACGGGCAAUUUCACCGGACGCUGGGGAAAUGAUGCGCUCAUUGGUGCAGUUGCAUAUGACGGGCAGUAUGUGAUCCUCGGCAUAAAUGUGCUGUGCGGGGAUCUUGUCAUCUUGUGGAGGACAGGUGUUAUCUGGCAUAACAGUAAAAUCAUCCGGAGGCUCAACUGGUUCUUCCUUAUCAUGGUUAUUCUGACUUGGAUAGCCGGCAUAACUAUUCUAUCGAUGCUUGGCAUAAGUUUCCUUCUCGUACCUUUGGCUUUGUCGCUAUCGGUCAACAUAUGGAGCACAUCCGUGAUAGGCUACAAGACGUGGCAUCGCCGCCGCAUGAUACGACAGCAAGUGUUCAUGGCGGGGGUUUCGCACAUUUCUGCCAUCGAGCAUGCACUGGCAGUCAUCACGGAGACUGGUAUAGCUUACACUUUGUCAUGGGUCGCCUAUGUUGUCGUCGUCGCCUACUACUUCUUCGGUAACGCAGAUAUCUCCGAUGUCGCGCUACAACAAGGCUACCAAUGGCUCUGGAUGAUCAUGAGCAUACUCAUCCCACUAUACCCGAUUUCGCUCAUACUUCUCAUUGCCCGCCACAAGGCGCCGCUUACCGAGACGCUCACAUCGAUAGAUGUCACCACCAUUGCACCAACAUUCUCGACAGGCAGCGUUCUGAAUAUCACCGCCUUCCAUUCGGUGCCGUCUGCCUCGGAGAAGGUCGGGGACGCGCUAUACGAUCCCUAUGUCGACGUCACGGCUUCAAGCCCUGGUACGCCUUCCAGCAGCUCUUUCCGCAUGGAACCCAAUCGAAGAGGUCGAGGUCGAGGUUGA